AUGGAAAAAACAGGUCCAAAAGUAAAAUUUGUGUGCGAAGUUAGAGGCUGAAGUGGCCUAGGAGAGAUUUAUGUAGGCAAGGCAAUCGGGGUGUGAAAGAAAUGUCAUGAAAGGGAUUAUAGUGGAAAAAUAUGGGAAGAGAUGGAUUUUGAGAGGAUUAGAGGAGAGAUAGAACAGAUAGGAGGGGUUGUUAAUCGGCUAGCCCAGUCCAAACUUGACAGCUCUGAUGAUCUCAGCGAGAAAGCAGCAGAAGAACUUAAAGAAGAAAUUGAAGCAUGCAAGAAGAAAUUCGAAGAAAUACAGGAGAAUUUACUAAAAGCAGCUUCUGAAUCUGACUACACAGAAUGCUUAGCAAUAGAAGAUAAUGUCAAAAAUAAAUUUAGAGGACUCCUAUUGGAGGAGGAAAUGGAGAAAGUAUUUUCAGCAAUUAACGCCAAUGAAGUUCAGGCCUUCCUUGCCAAUUUAUUUCCACAGAGUAGCACGGAAGAAGAUGAAACAGAGAGUCAAGAAAGAAAAAAUAUGCCUUCUACUGAGUCUUGAGAAAUAGAAAAUAAUGGGAUGAGUUGAUCAAAUCAAGGUAGUCGUAUUCAGUACACUGAAAAUGAAAGUUCUAUGACUGAGGAGAAUAAAGAUUCAAGACAUAAUAAUGGAAACCAAAUUAACUCAACAGCAGUUAUCUGAGUUGACGAUCCAAUUGUCCAAGAAAGAGAUAUCGAAAGAUAUCUUUCCAUUGCUCUGGAAGGACUGAAUAGAGACUGGGGUAUCUUGAUAUAAAACCUUCUUCAACCUUUAACUACUAUCACAAAAACCCAGAUUUUCAGUUUAUGCUUUUCAAAAAGAUAAUAUGUGCAAUCAGAUUGUGUAUAAAUCCAAAUAUUGGCAUAUUUCUUAAAAUGAAGCUUAAGCACACCAUUAAUGUCCUUGAUUCUCAAUAUGGAACAGUUUGAGCCCUCUUCAGGCUACGCCUAAACCUAAACAACCCCAAGGAUCUCGAAUUUCUUGACGAUAUUAACCACGCUAGCUCAACACUUGAAGAUGAUCAAGCAAGACUUGUCAAUGUGAAUUCCAUACUCUUCAACAACGUCCCAGAUCCCAAAGAUAAUGCUAUAAAACAAGUAAUUCAAAGCCAAAAUUUCCACCCCUUUCCCAAAUCAACCAAUAAACUCAUAAAUCCCUUCCCAAAAUUCCAAAAUCUAUCAAAAUUCCACAAUUUCCCAAAAAUCCCUCAAAUCUCCUUUAAAAAUUCUGUUACAAUUCUUAAGAAUCUAGGACUUCGAACAAAAUCAUGAAAGCACUGAGAUUUCAGGCUGAAGGUCAAUUAAGAAUUAUCUUAUGAGGUUUUUCCCUGAAGAGGUAAAGGAAUUUAGCUUCAAUAAGGGAGGGGUUCUCAGCUCAAAUUUUUCUUACUAUGAAGAUGGGGUAUUACAAGCCUGCUCGAAGACUCUCAGAAAAGUUGGGAUCUAUAACUAUGAGUUAACAUCAACCCAACUGUUCUGUAUUCUGUUGACUUCUCAAAAGAGUAGAUUGGUUGACCUGGAAGGAUGCAAAUUUGAUCUGAGCACUGAAUUCGACUUUACAUACGCACUGGAAGACUCAAACAUAAGCAAAAUAAGCCUAGCCUCUUGUAGUUUAAUAGGCCAGAACAGUUGGGAAGAGAGUCCAGACUCUUUGAUCAAGCUGCUCAAUAGUUUGCUCAAAUGCUCUAGCAUGAAUAAGAGUUUAAAGCACUUGGUACUGUCUAAAACCGACUAUGAACAGCUGAAAUUCGAAAGAUACCUUGAUUUGAAUGACAUAAAGAUAAAAAUUAUCAAGGCUCCUUAAAACCAAAAGGAUUCACU